AUGUCCCUUGUAGAUCAUUAAAGUUUGUCUAAGUCUAACUAGUUAGCUAACUAAUAACAAUCUUGCUGAAGCUUUCCCUUCACACUUCUGAGGGGUAGCAGUUGUUUUGUUGUAAACUAAUUGUGUGAAAACUUAGAAGACAAAUACUGACGAGCGUAAUGUAUACAAUUUGACAGGAAAAAAGUUCUUCUUGCCUCAAGUUUGGCUGUGGUACCCCAGGGAAGACUAUGUAGAGGAGCGUUGAUCCUAUGUUUACAUUAAAGUUCCAUACCACAAUUUGAUCAUAAGUGUGACAACCAACCCUGUUCUCCCCUACUUGUUCAUAAAUGACCAUGUGGUCCUUUGCACUAUAUUGUGCACUUGAAAUCACAAUCAAAAUGUAAAAAUAAAGUUGAUGCUUUGAAAACUCCAUCCAUCCAUUUUCUACCGCUUGUCCCUUUCGUGGUCGCGACUGAAAAAUCAAGUAGAUUUCAGUAAAUAGCUAAUUAUUUGGGUGCUUUGAAAACUCAUGAUACUCUUUCUCCAUUUACUAUUGCAAUACAAUUACUUGUGUGAUAAACUGCACUUUAAUCUUAAUAUUUUUGCAAUAGCAUAAUUUGUGUGCAGGAAUGGAUGGAUGGAUGUUGUACCUAAUGAAGUGGUCUGUGUAUUUGUAAGAACAUUUUGUCUUCCAUAUAAUAUUGAUUUUUAACGGUGCAGCUUCCUCUAUGUGUGCACACUGCAGAUUUGCUUAUCCCCUAUUUGCCUUAAAAAAAAAAAAAAAAAAAAAAAAAGUCGGUCUCUUUGUGUCUGCCAUGUGAGAAUUUAAGAGAAAAAAAUGCUGCACAGAAGUAAAGCUCCCUUCCAAGGAUAAUAAUUUGACGACACUCCCUGCCUGUGGUCAUUUUUCAUCACAUCCAACUCUCGCUGCUCACAAACCGCGCAUGCGCCCCCGCUUCCUUUUCCCCCAGCAAAGGCUUCACCAAUCCGAGCUCUGGUUCACCAUCCUCGGCCCCGGCGUCCCCAACAGGCCAGCGGCGGCGCUAACAAGUCUCCCUUCGCGGUGCAUCCGAUGGGAAAGUGAGCCUCGUCGGGCUUGGAAGUGUUUGACUACCGAAAAGCCGGGAGGAAGUUGAGGUGGGACCUGACUGAACCGAAAGCGCCGGCCCGAGCGACUCUCCACGGAGGCACACAUCCGACACUUGGUGUUGUUGAGUCGGCUAAAAAAAUCACCCAGAGAGAGGAUGGAGCGAAAGCGUCCUGGCAUGCCGUCUGGGGCGAGGAUGCCCCACCAGGGAGCUCCCAUGGGGCCCCCCGGUCCGCCGUACGGAGGGAACCCGGCGGUGCGGCCCGGUCUGCCCUCCCCGGUAAUGGAGGCCAGUCGCAAGAGGCCCGCCCCCUCCCAGCAGGUGCAGCAGCAGCAGCAACAACAGCAGCAGCAACAGCAGCAACAGGCCGUCCAGAACCGAGCCAGAAAGAAGCCGCUUGGAUUCCCUGGAGCCAGUGAGAUGCCGACAAGGCCCAUGGACUUACGAGAUCCCCAAUCAGAUCCCACGCUCGGAUCAAAUGCUAAGAGGAGGAAAAUGGCAGACAAGAUUCUUCCGCAAAGGAUCCGCGAGCUGGUUCCCGAGUCCCAGGCCUAUAUGGACCUGCUGGCCUUUGAGCGCAAACUGGACCAGACCAUCAUGCGUAAACGUGUGGACAUCCAGGAGGCGCUGAAGAGACCCAUGAAGCAGCAGAAGCGCAAACUGAGGCUGUACAUUUCCAACACCUUCAACCCCGCGCGGCCAGAUGCAGACGAUUCUGAUGGCAGCAUCGCCUCGUGGGAGCUGAGAGUGGAGGGCAAGUUGCUCGAUGACCCAGGAAAACUGAAGAAGAAGUUCUCCUCGUUUUUUAAGAGCCUGGUGAUCGAGUUGGACAAAGACCUGUACGGUCCUGACAACCACCUGGUGGAGUGGCACCGCACAGCCACCACCCAGGAAACAGACGGCUUCCAGGUGAAGAGGCCAGGAGACGUGAGCGUGCGUUGUACGCUGCUGCUGAUGCUGGACUACCAGCCCCCUCAGUUCAAGCUGGACCCUCGACUGGCACGCCUGCUGGGCAUCCACACUCAGACGCGCUCAUGCAUCAUCCAGGCACUGUGGCAGUACGUGAAAACCAACAAGCUGCAAGACUCCCACGACAAAGAGUACAUCAACUGUGACAAGUACUUCCAGCAGAUCUUUGAUUGUCCUCGACUCAAGUUCUCAGAGAUCCCCCAGCGCCUCACCAACCUACUGCUGCCCCCUGACCCUAUCGUCAUCAACCACGUCAUCAGUGUGGACCCUAACGACCAGAAGAAGACGGCCUGUUACGACAUUGACGUGGAGGUGGAAGACCCCCUGAAGAGCCAGAUGAGCAGCUUCCUCCUGUCCACCGCCAACCAACAGGAAAUCGCCACACUGGACAACAAGAUCCAUGAGACCAUCGAGUCCAUCAACCAGUUGAAGAUCCAGAGGGACUUCAUGCUCAGCUUCUCCCGAGACCCCAAAGGCUACAUCCAGGACUGGCUCAAGUCCCAGAGCAGAGACCUCAAGCUAAUGACGGACGUGGUGGGGAACCCCGAGGAGGAGCGCAGGGCGGCCUUCUACCAUGAGCCCUGGUCCCAGGAGGCGGUCAGCCGCUACUUCUACUGUAAGAUCCAGCAGAGGAGACAGGAACUAGAGCAGGCCUUGGCGGUCCGCAAUACCUAAACAAUGUGUGUGUGCGUGUUUGGGUAUAUUUGUGUGUGGCGCAGCUCUUCGCUGAGGCCAAACAAUUCAAAAGGUCACAACAUUAGGUACAUUGUCACACUGAAAGCUCUUUCUGAUAUUUUGCCACCCUUCGUUAUGUAGCUAAAUAAGGUAGUAAAUGUUAGAAACAGCUCUCCAUAUGAUGCAAAAAAUGACUGAAACCCCCUAAUUAACAUUUUCACAUGAAUUUUGUCUGUGUAAAAGAGAACGUUCUCGAUUGUAUGUCAAGGUCGUUGCAGUUCCACUUUGGCCCUGUAGACGUCGGUAGUGCUCGUUUCAAAAUGUUACCGAAUGUCAAAAUUAGUCAAGAAGAAGAAAACAUUUCCGGCCUUGGUGACCCGAUCUAGGAAUGCUAAAAAGGAUCGCUUACUACAAAAAGUAAGCUUGUCUUUAAUUUAUUAUGUUCACGGGACUUGGUAUGUGCCUAAAAUGAAGAAUAAUGGGACCUAGGCACAUAUUUACACGUGAAAACAUCGUUUGCCAACAUGAUUUUGACCGGCCUGGUCAGCCAUUUUGCGCAGGCGCAGUGAGGAGAGGGUAUUAAAAAGGGAGCACAAAAAAAAGAAAGGGUGUUUCCGAGCAGAACUUGACUCAGUGCAGGUUAUUACGUAAAGCCUACCUGCACUGCUUUGUGUAUUUAGGCUCAGAGGGUACGUGCGUUUUGUCGUGUUUAAAAGUAACCACACCAGCAAUGGCUCCUGCAGCUAUCCACUGUUCCUAAUUUAAAUGCAUCAAUCUUAGUUUAUUUAUAUAGCCCUAAAUCACGAGUGUCUCAAAGGGCUGCCAAAGCCACAGCGACAUCCUCGGCUCAGAUCCACAUUCUGUUCUUAAAUCAGAAGACUUCCAAAGUUCCCACAUCAGUGUUAUGCAAAUCAAUUGAAGUGUUGAGUGAUGAAAAGAAUGCUCUUCAAGCAAUCAUAGCAUUAAAAAAAGGAUUGGCUGGUGUUAUGUCAUUAAAGAUUACCAAAGGUUCAUCACUGAAGCAGAAAUUUACAUCCCACUCGGGCCACCAAAUUGUGUCUCACUCUUUUUGGGAGCUCCUUGUGCUGACAAACUUCUGCUUUCUUUUACACUAAGUGUUACAUUUUCGACGUGCGAGCUAUGUGAAUGUAAAUAUGUUUAUGUACUUUAGUCUUGUUUAAGGCUUCUUUUUGAGCCAGAUGCUGCAACAGAGUGAGACCUCCCUUCUCUUCCUGUGAAAUCUUAGUAGCUCUAACAUCUAAUCUGCACCGUUUUCCACCUUCUUUGUAAUGGCUAGUAUGUACAGUAAAUGUUGUCAUGUCCCACAGAGGACGUCGUAUCCUCAGUAGGAACACGCUGGUAGUUCCUUUGCACUGUGCUG